AUGCAGGGUGCUUCUUCUUCUUCUUCUGCUCUCUUUGUCCUCCUCCUCCCCUCCCUCUUCUUCCUCUCCCUCUUCCCUGACCCGGUCAGCGGGGACUGCUGGCUGAUUGAAGGGGACAAAGGUUACGUGUGGCUGGCUAUCUGCAGUCAGAACCAGCCCCCGUACGAGACCAUCCCGCAGCACAUCAACAACACGGUCCACGACUUGAGGUUGAAUGAGAAUAAGCUGAAGGCCGUUCUCUUCAGCUCCAUGUACCGCUUCACCAACCUGACCGACCUGAACCUCACCAAGAACGAGAUCAGCUACAUCGAGGACGGGGCCUUCGCUGGACAAGCAAACCUUCAGGUUCUCCAGCUGGGCUACAACAAGAUGACCAACCUGACCGAGGGCAUGAUGAGAGGACUCGGACGCAUGCAGUGUCUCUUCCUCCAGCACAACCUCAUCGAGGUUAUCGCCAGCAAUACAUUCUGGGAGUGCCCCAGCCUCAGCAGCAUCGACCUGUCAUCCAACAAACUGGCCCGCAUCGACCCGUCCACGUUCACGGUCCUCAGCCGGCUGAUGGUGUGCGAGCUGGCAGCCAAUCCUUUCCACUGCGGCUGUGACCUUUACAGCUUCCUGGCCUGGCUGGAGUCCUUCAACAACGUGACUCACACCUACGACCGCCUCCAGUGCGAGACUCCUCGGGAGAUGUUCGGCUACCCCUUACUCACGGCGAGCGGUCACUCAGGGAGAAAUGCCAAAAACAUUUUGUUCCACCACUGCAGGGACGGAGUCAUGAUUCCAGGAAUGACUUCCCUCCCUCCCGAUCUGGACGGCCCCUCUGGGAUCGGACCCGAGAUGUUUGGAGGUGUGGGGCCGUACCACCAGGCCACCACCUCCUCUUCCUCCACCGAGCACAGCUACACCCCGAGCAUCAAGCUCCAUCACGUGUCUCUGUCGUCAGCCUCGCUCCUGGUGCAGAUUCCACGGCCCUACAGCAAGAUGUACAUCCUGACACAAUACAACUACACCUUUGUGUCUGACGUCAUGAACCUGAAGAACAAGAAGGAGAUGAUCACGCUCAACAAGCUCAAGGCUCACACCAACUACACCUUCUGUGUCGCCUCCAUCCGCAACUCCCAACGCUACAACCACACCUGCCUCACGUUCGCCACUCGGGCUCAGAACGAGGACGACAAACUCCCCGCUCCUUCCACGACCACGCACUACAUCAUGACCAUCGUCGGCUGCUUGUUCGGCAUGCUCAUUAUUCUAGGCUUUGUUUACUACUGCCUAAGGAAGAAAAGGAUGCAUGAUGAGAAGAAGAAGUCCAUCUGUGUGAAGAAAACCAUCCUGGAGAUGCGUUACGGACCAGAGGUGGCAGCAGCUGUGGCGAACGAUCCAGCAGCAGUCCACAAGCUCCAGGAGCAGUCCAGAGAACACCACCAGUACCAGCACCACCAUGGGGGGAAGCUCCCCAUGUCCACGUCCACCAGCUCUGGGAUGCUUCACUCAGCAAACACCAGCUCCUCCAGACUGUCAACCAUCCCACAGGUGGAGAAGAUGGCCACUGCCUUCUCAGAGGCCAUGUCCACUAAAGGGAACUACAUGGACAUCAGGACUGCAGGGGCCGGGAUGGAGAGGAUGGUGGAUGGUGGGCAUGUGGGGAUGAGGGGGGUGGAUCUGAGGGACGAUAUGGGAAGUGACCUCGGGGAUGACUCAGAUGACGACGGACACGGCUCUGCUUCAGAGAUUUCCACCAUUGCCAUGGAGGUGGACAAGGUGAACCAGAUCAUCAACAACUGCAUCGAUGCUCUGAAGCUAGACGCAGCAGUGGCUGCUUCAGGGGUCUCUAAUAACCUAGCAGCCUCAUGCAAUCCCACCUCCCCGCCCCCCACUAGCACCUCCUCCCUCACUCGAGGUCUGAUCCCACUGUCCCAAGGGUUGGCCGACGCGUGCCAGAUCAUUACUCCCAACAAAAUCCCCCCUCCGCCUCCACUCCCCGCCUUGAGUACCCCUCUGUCUGAGCGCCCAGGGAUCACCGGUGGUGGUUAUGUGGUGACUCCCCCGUACCGGCCCCCGCCACCAGCCACCGCCGUCCGUCCGAUCCAGAGGCAGAUGAGUGCAGACGCUGCCGUGGUGAUCGUGAACGCAGUCAAAAAACAAUGCAGCACCUCGUCCUGUAGCUCCAUGGGGAGGGACAGGGAGCGUGGAGGAGCGAGGGUCUACAGUCUGGAUGUUCCUGAGCCAAGAAGCCCAGAUGCCUGUAACCAGCAGCAGCAGCAGUACCCGGACCGUGCCAGUCCCGUGGGCUGUGGGGAGCCCCUCGAGAGGCUGCCUUUAGUUGGGAGUGGGAGCUGUGGUGGAGGGGGUGGUGGUUGCGACAGUGGUGGUGUUGGUGCCCAGCAUCAGGACAACCAGAAGUCUCAUCACUACCAUCAGCAACAACAGAUGCAGCAGCAGCAGCAGCAGCAGCAGCAGCAGCAGCAGCAGCAGCAGCAGCAGCAGCAGCAGCAGCAGCAGCAGCUGGACGUGCAGCAGGACUACCACUGCUCGGAGCACCGCCACUCUGUCCCAGCUCUCUACUACGAAGGCUCCCACCAGGGCUCCCCGGCUCAGAGGGUUUCCUUCCUGAAGCCUCUCACACGCUCCCGCAGGGAUGCAGCGUCUUACUCCCAGCUCUCGCCGGCUCGCCAUCAUUCCAGUUACUCCGGUUACUCCUCCAGUCCAGAGUACUCCACAGAGAGCACUCUGAGGAUCUGGGAGCGGUUUCGUCCCUACCGGAAAGGCCAGCGGGACGAGUCCUGUUACGUGACGGCCGGGAACGCCCUUAGGAAAAAGGUGCAGUUUGCUAAAGGUGAGGACCUGCAUGACAUCCUGGAUUACUGGAAGGGUGUGUCAGCACAGCAGAAGCUGUGA